AUGCAUCCAGAAUCGCGGAGAAUCAACACGCAGCUCGGACUGUUUGCGUAUAACCGAUUACCCUUUGGGAUCACCUCCGCGCCAGCCCUUUUCCAUAGGGAAAUCGAGAAUCUGCUUCGAGGAAUGCGGCACGUCGUAGUCUACUUGGACGAUAUCUUGAUAACCGGAACAUCAGACCAAGACCAUGUUGACAACCUGGAGCGUGUCCUUUCUCGACUUGAACAGGCGGGAUUGCGGUUGAAGUUGGAGAAAUGCAUGUUUUUCGAUCUGCAAGCAGAAUACCUCGGGCACAUAAUUGAUGCCGAGGGAGUACAUCCAAACCCGCGGAAGGUAGAAGCAGUCAUGAAGGCGCCACGGCCGAAAGAUGUCAAGCAACUGCAGAGCUAUCUUGGGCUCAUUAAUUUCUAUCGGAGAUUCCUGCCGAACAUGUCUCUGCUACACCCACUCAAUCAACUCCUUGGUGCAGACGUGCCGUGGGAAUGGACAAGCAAGCAUGAAAUUGUCUUCAUCAAAAGCAAAGAACUACUGACGUCAGCUAAGGUCUGCGUACACUAUAAUCCGGACCUUCCGGUUAUCCUUUGCUGUGACGCCUCGCCUCAUGGCGUUGGCGCGGUACUGAGCCACCGAUACAAAUCUGGAGAAGAACGUCCGAUUGCGUUUGCAUCGAGAAGUUUGGCACCAGCAGAAGUUAAUUACAGCCAGCUCGACAAGGAAGCCCUGGGUGUAGUUUUUGGCGUUACAAAGUUCCGCCAGUACAUCUGGGGAAGAGCGGUCGAGAUUGUCACUGACCAUAAACUGCUGCUGGGUCUUCUCGGGCCAGAGAAGCCGGUACCUUUCCACGGGUCGCCGAGACUCCUGCGGUGGGCACUUCUCCUGUCAUCGUAUAAGUACGAGCUGGUUCACAGGGCCGGGACCCGAAUCACCCACGCGGACGGGCUGAGUCGCAUUCCCUUGGAAACCAAGCCCCAGGAAAUUGACCGCCCCGCGGAAAUAUUCAUGCUGGAAAGGGCAUAUUCGGACAUUCUGUCACCAACCGUUGUGCGGGAAGCGACAACGAGGGACACCAUUCUUCACAGCGUGCGCGAAGCCGAUCUCAGCUUGCAUGAUGGAUGCCUACUGUUUGGAGCAAGAGGGGCUAUUCCCCAGGAGCUCCGCGCGGCGGUACUGCAAGUCCUACAUGAAGGACGCCCCGGAAUUGAAAAGGCGAAAGCUGUUGCGAGAAGUCAUGCAUGGUGGCCGGGGCUGGACAGCGACGUAGCCGAAACCGUCCGAGGUUGUAGCGUGUGCCAGCAACAGCAGAACAUGCCUAGGCGCGUCGUGAUGACUUCGUGGCCGUACCCAGAAAAGCCGUGGUCCAGACUCCACAUCGACUUCGGAGGACCGUUCAAGGGACACUAUUUCUUGGUGUUGGUCGAUGCUUUUUCGAAGUGGGUUGAGGUCAUACCAGUGACGUCACCAUCGGCGACCACAACGAUCGCGUGUUUACGCGACAUCUUUGCGACGCAUGGCCUGCCGGAUACCUUGGUCUCAGACAACGGGCCUGCAUUUGUGAGCAGUGAGUACAGGGCUUUCCUUAAGCGGAACAACAUCAGACAGCUGCUCAUUCUACCAUAUCACCCUGCAUCAAAUGGCGCGGCGGAAAGGGUAGUGCAGACGGUAAAGGCCAAGCUGAAGAAAAGUACUACAGGGGAUUUCAAGACAGGUUAA